AUGACCGCACUACGGAUAACACGCGUGGAUAUGCAGGAAGCCGCUAACAAGGCUGACCAUCACUGCAGCGAAUUCAGCAGCACGAUGCUCAUUGUGAGACGAGCGCAAGAAUUCAACAUCAUUCUGAACUUAAACAGAGCAAUGAAGUCUGAAGAGACCAUGGGCUUUACGGUUGAUACUGGUCCUUCACCAUCAGUGUCAAACAAAACCAAAGUGUCUUUUCCGCUAUCAAGUUCUGCAAGCAAAGGUGUCUGGAGCGCUGUCCAAAGAUCCGGUGGCUCCACCUCCAUGAGCGUCACCAUUUCCAGCCCGCACAAUGCUAUCGUCGGCUUCUAUAAGUUCAGCGCUCAGAUGUCCUCUGGGGGACAAACAUCAUCCACACAGCUUCCCGAUUUUGUGCUGCUCUUUAAUGCCUGGGCUUCAGGUGAUGACGUAUUCAUGCCGAAUGAGGAGGAGAGGAAGGAGUAUGUUCUGAAUGAAAGUGGAAUUAUAUACUAUAACAUAGGUGGAGCUUUUAGAAAUUGGAUCUACGGCCAGUUUGAUACUGACGUUCUAGAAAUCACUUUCCAGAUCCUCAAUUCAAGCCUGGAGUAUAGAAGGAAUGCAGCAGCAGACGUCGCCAAAAGGAAUGACCCCAAAUAUAUAGGCAGGGUGAUGAGUGCCAUGGUCAACAACAAUGAUCAAGACAGUGGUGUGUUGGUGGGGAGAUGGAGUGGAAGCUAUGCUGAUGGAGUACUGCCCACCACAUGGGGCUCAAGCGUCACCAUCCUGCACAAGUGGGCGCCAAGAAGAACACCCGUGAAAUAUGCCCAGUGUUGGGUCUAUGCCGGAGUACUGUGCACAGUUCUGAGAUGUUUGGGAAUUCCCUCUCGUGUGAUCACCAACUUUGAGUCGGCCCAUGAUACCAACGCAAACCUGAUGAUCGAUGUGGUGUACAACGAAAAAGGGAUGCUUAUCGAAAGCGACGACAGUGUCUGGAAUUUCCAUGUCUGGAAUGAGGGCUGGUUCACAAGGAGUGACCUGGGACCCGAAUUCGAUGGAUGGCAGAUUCUUGAUGCAACACCACAGGAGCAAAGCGGAGGUAUAUAUCGACUGGGACCCGCCUCACUCAGAGCUAUCAAAGAAGGAGACAUUGACAAGGACUAUGACUGCGUGUUCGUGUUUGGCGAGGUGAAUGCCGACAGGGUCCAGUGGAUCGAGUAUGAGGAUGGGAGUCGUGAAAAGGUCUACUCCGAUAGCAAGUCAGUUGGCCAAAGAACCAGCACGAAGGCCGUGGGCAGAAAUGAACGUGUGGACGUGACUAACCUUUAUAAACAUCCGGAAGGUACUGCCAAAGAGAGGGAGAUCUUCAACAAAGCCCGAAGCAAGUUACCAAGGUCUUCCAGCAGAAUGAUGGCCUUCAGUGCUGCAAGUGGAGAGCGGGUGGCGGACGUGCCCGCGCAAAAGCCUGAAUACUCUGGAAAGUUCUCGGUGGAGGGCAGCCUCGAUGUGGGCACUGAUGUCCACCUACAAUUGAUUUUAAAAAACGAAAGUCCAGACAGCAGAACAGUGACUGUGAAGAUCAGUGCCACUACCAUCACCUACACCAGAAAACCGGUCAAGGAGGUCAUGACAGACUCCCAGUCUGUCCCACUCGGUCCAAAUGAAGAGAAAAAGGUUUCUGUGGUGAUAUCGUAUGCCCAGUAUAAAGAAACCCUGACAGAGCACAACCUCAUCGAAGUGAACGCUGUGUGUGAAGGCGACAAGGGGGGGAAACUACUGGUGGACAAGGACGUCACUCUCAUCAAUCCACCUUUGCUGAUCAAGGUCAAUGGAGUUGCCAAACUGAAUGAGCCUUAUUCAGUGGAGAUCAUAUUUUCCAAUCCUGUAAACAAGGAC